AUGUCCCCUACAUCAAUUCCAGAAAUCCAGAGGAUAAAUCUUGGGACUACUACACUUACGAUGAAAGCUAUGGGGAUAAAGGAUCUCUUGUCUUUUGAUUUUAUGGAUCCUCCUUCACCCCAAGCACUCAUUUCUGCCAUGGAACAAUUGUACAGUUUAGGUGCACUGGACGAGGAGGGGCUGCUCACCAAAUUGGGUAGGAAAAUGGCUGAGUUUCCUCUGGAUCCACCCUUGUCUAAGAUGCUACUGGCCAGUGUGGACCUUGGAUGCAGUGAUGAGAUCUUGACCAUCAUUGCAAUGAUUCAGACUGGUAAUAUUUUUAACAGGCCUAGGGAAAAACAAGCCCAGGCAGAUCAGAAGAGAGCCAAGUUUUUCCCAGCCAGAGGGAGAUCAUCUGACUUUUACUUGCAGUCUAUGAGGCAUGGAAAGCUAAGAAUUUUUUAG